ACUGCCCGUAAUGCCCAAUAAAACGGCCUAAUUUUGUAAUUAAAUUAUUAUCAUCGAUUGUUAUUAAUGAAUGACUGGAUGGCUGAUACAUUUUUCACUGCUUUUACGCAGCUUUUCGGUUAAAAAAAAAAACAAAAAAACAUUUACGCAUGCGCUACCCCACCUCAAGGUUUUCCUCGUGAGUUUGUGUUGACACUUUUUGUUAGUAAAAUGUCAUUCCAAUAAUUUCAACAAUUUUCACUCGAGUUUAGCCAUAAAUUAAUUGAAAACCCCCUAGGACAUGUGAUUUAAUAAAUUUGUUUAUUAAAAAAAAAAUCUGAGUUCCUUUAAAAAAAAGCCCGGAAUGAGUCUCGUAGGUCUAGUGGCUUAUGACAGCAGUGACGAGAGUGGAGACGAGGUUACGUCCGAUGAACAAAAUGCUUUAGUUCCUCCAAAAACAAUAAUAAACAAUGGGAAUGCCCCAAGAAUAAGUAAUCUUCCAGAAGUAGCGAAUGAAACUCAGGAAACUGAACCCAACAAAUAUGAAAAUCUCCCUGAAUCUUCGUUAUUCAACUCUCUACCCAAACCUAGGAGCUGUCAACCUCCUUUAGCAGAAGAUCAUGAAAUGCCUGUCACCAAAACCACUCAAAUACCUUCAGAACUCCCACAGAAGAGGGAAAAAGCUCCUGUACAAUUUCUAGUUCCAUCUCUAUCUGACUUCAAAGAUGUUGACGAGGAAAUGGAGAAGAAGAAAACGAGAAAAGAACCUUCCUCGAGUGGAAGUGGCCUCUUCAGCAUGUUACCAGCCCCAGGAGGAUCCCUACCAAGUGCAAAGAACCUCGUGCCACAGGUUCUCACAAAGCCCAAGCCCCUCUCAUCCUCCUUAACCCCCUCUCAAUUACGCAAACCCACGAAAAAACCCCAGCCCCCAACGAUAUCCUCCGCCCUAAAUUCACUAAAAUACGACUCAAACUCUGAAGACGAAGACGACGAGAAAAGUUUAGCACCCCAAAAGAAUUUUGAUUUCUUUUCACUUUCGAAAUCAGUCGAAAUCGCAGUGCCUGAAGAGGCGAUGGCCUCCCUCAUGCUGCCUCCUCCCCCGGAGAGGGAUCCUCACGAAAAAACUUUGGACAACACCCCACAAAUGACCCCAACAUCUGGGGACACUCAGACCCUGAGGAGCACAGUGAUGAAUCUUCCACGAGAGGAGAUUCUCCUGAAGAAUCAGGCUGAAGUUGGUCCGAAACUACCAGUACCCGAGCAGGAGUAUCACGUGGACGCUGAGGGGAACGUGGCAUUCGACGAGAAAGCAAUCGAGUAUCUCUGUGGAAAACGAGGAAUAAAGAGGAAGAACGAACUCAUCCAGGGGACGAACAUCAUCGAUAUCAGUGGAGACGACAUAAAGCCCGACGAGAGGGAGUGGCUGGUGAAGGCCCUGACAGAGGAGCCAGUACAACGGACAGUGUCAUUGUCCAGUGCUGGCCCCAGCACUGCCUCCAAGAAGAAGCACCAGAUCACCUACCUGGCCCAUCAAGCCAAAGCCAUGGAAAUCGAGCUGCAGAACCAAUGGGCUGCAAACAAAAUGGCUAGAAAACAAACGAAAUCUAAAUAUGGAUUUUAAAGUUGUGAAUUGUACAAAGAAAUGCAAAUUUUUCUUCUUUUUGUAUGAAUAAUAUUUUUGAUUUAUGAA